CGCACCGAGAAGUCUACUCGACCCCAAUCUAUUUUCCUUGGUAUCGUCUGUUUAGAAUCAACUAUUCGUGGAACGGGUGUGGCGGUUUCAUGGGAAUCUACUUAUAUGAUCUCGUGGCAUGCCUUCAUUUUGCAUGUCGGCCAAACGCCGAACUUUCCUCACAGCCGAAAACAUGCAGACAUAUUUAAAAUGCUCGGAAUUCAGCACAAAGUCAACUAUAGGUACAGACGUGAUAGUCAGCUAGCAACAUGAAGUUUCUCCAGACUGUUAGUACCUGCGUGCUUGCGCUCUCGUCGCUUGUCAGCGCAGCAAGCUUUUCGAAUCCACUCAAAAGGACCGAUGGCUCUGAUCCUCACAUCGUCUGGACUGGAGGUUACUAUUAUCUCAUGGUCACAACAUGGACCAAUCUCCAGAUCACUAGAGCCAAGACCAUCGAGGGUCUGAAGACAGGAGAGAAGAAAGUAGUCUGGACGGAUACAAACACGAGCAGGAACGCCAACAUGUGGGCUCCUGAGCUGCAUUAUCUUGACGGCCUGUGGUACAUCUACUAUACAGCUGGCCAGAGCGCCAACUUGGACCUGCAGCGUCCACACGUCCUCAAAGGCGGUUCCGAUCCGUUCCAGCCCUACUCUUACCACGCGACACUGACCAACACCUGGGGCAUUGACGGCAGUAUCGUUCGCUUCAGCUCAUGGGGCAACUACUUUGUCUGGUCAUGCAUGUCAAACAACCUUCAGUCCCUCUGUAUCGCACCACUCACGGCGCCUGGCAAGAUUGGCACUACUAAGGUUCUUUCGGCGCCCACUCAGAGCUGGGAGAGAAAUGGCGCACCCGUUAUGGAAGGCCCAUCAGCCAUGUACAACGGCGGCAAAACCUACAUUGCUUACUCUGGUAGCUACUGCUGGACUGCUCAGUACAGCUUGGGUCUUCUUACCUGGAAUGGCAGUGGCGAUCCGUCUCUGAGCGCAAGCUGGGCCAAGACUGGUCCAGUCUUCACCUCCGCGAAUAACAACUACGGUCCCGGACACAACGGGUUCUUCAAUAGCCCUGAUGGCAAGGAGAUCUGGAAUGUCUUCCAUGCCACUGCCAACAGCAACGGCGCAUGUGACGGGAACCGCUACACUAUGGUGCAGAAGGUCAACUUCAAUUCAGAUGGCAGGCCCAACUUCGGAACUCCUGUCGCAUUGGGUACUACCCUUACAGGUCCAUCUGGCGAAUAGAAGGGCUAGGUAGAUAUCGCGGAAUGCAAAUUUGUCAUACGAUCGAGCGAAUCAAUCAAGACUCACUGUCCGUGAAUGUGAUAAGAAACCAAAAUCGAAGGUGCUGCCCUAUAGCUAUCUCGAUGUUAGUCAUUAUAUCGUCCUUCGUCCU